AAGCCUUGUGAGAUUCUUGUGCAAGAAGUUAACGGAAUCAAAGAGUUUUUCGAAGGCUUCCCCAUAUUGCCGAAAAUGCCGUACUGAUUGCAGCGCGAUUAGGGAUCCACCAGGUUGUGGAGAUGAUCGUAGAGGCAUUCCCGAGUGGUGUAGUCUAUAUUUCAAGGCAACCCAUAUUUCUCGCGGCAGUUCUAAACCGAUCCGAGAGCGUCUUUAAUCUCACACAUCAAAUGGGAGAUCAUAAAUACAUUUAUUUAGACAUAGAAGACAAGGAUGGAAACAACCUCUUGCACGCCGCCGGAAAACUCGCACCAUCUCACAAACUCAACGAGAUUUCCGGCGCAGCUCUCCAAAUGCAGCGCGAAAUGCAAUGGUACAAGCAAGUCGAGAAAACCAUCAGCCCUAGUUCGAGAGAACGUAUGAACAAUGAAAGAAAAUCUCCUAAUAUGAUUUUCACGGAGGAGCACAAGAACUUGAAACAAGAAGGAGAGAAGUGGAUGAAAGAUACAUCGGGAUCGUGCACCAUUGCGGCGGCAUUGAUCGUUACGAUAAUGUUCGCGGCGGCUAUCACAGUGCCAGGUGGCAGUAAAAGCGAGACCGGCUUCCCCGUAUUCGCGACGGACAAAAUGUUCCUCGUGUUUGCCAUUUCCGACGCUAUCUCGCUCUUCGCAUCCACCACCUCUCUGUUGAUGUUCUUGUCGAUCCUGACGUCGCGCUACGCGGAAGAAGAUUUUCUGCACGUUUUGCCGAAGAGAUUAAUUUUUGGCCUCGGAACACUUUUUCUGUCGAUAACGUUUAUGAUGGUGGCUUUUAGCGCGACGCUGUAUUUAGUGUUUGGCCGGAAGAACGCGUGGGUGCUCAUUCCGGUGGCGGCGUUGGCCUGCUUGCCGGUUACUUCGUUUGUGCUCUUGCAGUACCCGCUUCUCGCCGACUUGAUUUCUUCCACAUUUGGCCCCGGAAUUUUUGUUAAACAAAGUAAUCGUCCAUUCUACUGAUCAGAGGUUGCAUUUGGGGUGUUAAUUUAAUUAAUUUGUGUAUGUGUGUUCAAAAAAUGGAUAUGGUGAAUUGAAA